GCCUGCCCGCCCUCCGACACUACACCCAUCCCCAGCCCAUCACCAAUCCCCACGGGUCUUUGGCGCAGCGCGUCGAGCUUGCACACUCUAGGCACCGCCUGCCAACCUGCAACACGACGCACUUCGAGCAACACCCCGUGAGACUGCGCGUACUCGUGGCACCUGCCAGCACGAGCCGACCCCAGCGAAGCUCGACGCCACCCGGGCAGCUUUCGACCCGAUCGCACCAGAGCUUGUCGAGGCAUUGCGCGCCAGCUAGAAUUGCCCAAAAAGAAUACCAAUCGCGCUCGAUUGGCCCCCGGAGCUCGUGCCGCUUCACCUCCCACAACCCGCGCCUUUACCAACCGUCGUCAAGGACACCCGUUUGCGACCCACGGCACUACACCGACCCCAUAGCAGGGCCUGAGUUGACAACACGCCGCGCAGUCAUGGGGCGACGCAGGGACGAGGCUCCCGAAGAGGAGGACCAAGAGAUGGAGGGCGAGGAGCUGGUCUCGCUCCAGUUCAAGGAGCCCUUGUCGUGGCGCGCUGGCAAGCCAAUCGCUACUGGCGAGCUUCUCCGCCGUCUCGACAAGCUCUCCAAGGAACUUGUCGACAUGGACCAGGAGACUGUCGACAAAGCCUCACUAGCCAGCGUUGCCAAAGACCUUGCUUCAAACAACCUCCUUGGUCACAAAGAAGCUGGUGUCAAGGCCUACGUCGCUUCUUGUCUGGUGGACAUCCUCAAGCUGUGCGCUCCAGAGGCGCCCUUCACGCCCAAGCAACUCAAGGAAAUAUUCACCCUCUUCGUGCACACGGUCUUGCCAGCCCUGUGGGACUCGAGCAACGCUUAUAAUACACAGCACAAAUAUGUCCUUACCUCGCUUGCCGAGGUCAAAAGUAUCCUCCUCAUCAAUGAGGUCAACAACUCAGAAGAGCUGCUGCUGGACCUGUUCACAGCCUUCUUCGACGGCGUUUCUGGCACGUCCAAGUCUGCGUCGGGUGAUCAAAUCGCCAAAGAUGUCGAGUUUCAUAUGACUGAGAUCCUCGUGACAUUAAUCGAGGAGAGCCCUGCGCUGCCUCCAGAUGUUCUUGAUGUCAUCAUGGCUCAGUUCCUUCGUGCCGCGCCACCAGGUGGGCACAGAGAGAAGACGGACGAGAACCAAACCACACUCUUGCCUAAAGAAGAGCCGGGUGCCUACGUCAUGGCAAAGACUAUCUGCAACACAAUACCUGAUAAAAUGGCCCGCUAUGUCGGCCAAUAUUUCAGUGACGUGAUCUUGGACGUGUCGGGCAAGACUCACACCAGUGGCCAAAAGGAUGGCGAAUCAGACGACGAGGAUGCGCCUACAGGUCCUUCAGAAGCAGACUUCAGAGAGCUGCGCAAAGCCCACCAGCUGCUCAGAGAGCUCUGGCGUGCGGCUCCUACGGUGCUCGUCAACGUCAUCCCACAAGUAGAUCAUGAGCUGGCGACCGACAACGUGCAGCUCCGGUUGCUUGCCACCGAAACACUUGGCGAUAUCAUAUCGGGCAUCGGCGCUGCUGGGCCACCACCACCACCAGCUUUUGACCCGGCGGCAUAUCCGCCGCCGCGGCUUAGUGACGAGACACCCGAGCAUCCGACAGCAAGCAUCCUGACGACACCAAUUUCCCCACUAUCUUUCGCCCAAACGCACUCCCAAGCCUUCCACAACUUUGUCAGCAGGAAAAAUGACAAGUCUGCACUCGUUCGUGCUGCCUGGACGACCAGUGUUGGUUAUAUUGUUUCAACGUCAGCUGGAGGCAUCGGUCUGAGCCGUGAAGACGAAUCAGCCUUUGUGAGCGGACUCAGAGACAAGCUGAUUGAUAGCGACGAGAAAGUCAGACUGGCUGCUGUCAAAGCCAUCGAGGCAUUUGGCUUCAGAGAUGUUGUCACGAAGCUUGCGAUGUCCGGCGGAGUAGACAAGGAAGGCUCAGUCUUGUUCACGCUGGCAGACCGCUGCAGAGACAAGAAAUCUGCCAUCCGUGUGGAGGCUAUGGUCCUGUUGGCGAAACUCUGGGCUGCUGCUACUGGCGAGCUUGCUGCCGGGCAGGAGACUGUUACGUCAGCACUCAGUGGCAUCCCAACUCGAAUUUUCAACACUUUCUACGCGAACGACCCCGAGCUCAAUGUCCUCCUGGAGAGAGUCAUCUUCGAGUUCCUUGUACCGCUGUCCUUCCCCCCUCCGAAAGCCAAGGCCACGAAAGGUUCCAAUGGGGCGCAAUCUCAGGCCACCGCGGAUCCCGAUUAUGAUCCAGACAGGAUUCGUGCCGAAAGGGUGAUCCUGCUGGCUAAACACCUCGACGUCAGCGCGAAGCGAGCGUUCAGCGCACUCAAUGCCCGCCAGCCACAGUUCUCCAAGGUCAUGGAAAACCUGGUCAAGAGCUGCGACGCUUACAAUGGAGGGAGUCCAGCCUCGAACGCAGACAUCGCCAAGGCGAACCUCAGGAAGACGGUCGCCUAUCUGUGCCAGUUCCUGCCUGACACCAGCAAGGUCGAGGCCGAUUUGUAUCAUUUUGCGAACUGGCACGAUCGCCGCAGCUACCAACUCAUCAGAUUUUCCGUGUCAGCCGAGAGCGACUUCAAAACCAUGCAGCGCGCAAUCAAGGAAUUGAUUAAACGGGCACAGGGGUCGAAGAACCCACACAUGCUAGACACGCUCUUGCCUCUGUUAUAUCGGUCCUCGAAUAUCCUGUUCAACAAGAGCCACUUGUCCACGUUCAUGGACUGCUCAAAGAGCGACAAGGAUGGACUGGGAGCUGCGGCUCAGGAGAUCACGAACGAAAUAUCGCAGCAUAACCCAGACCUGUUCAAGACGCAUGUCGGGCAGUUGUGCAAGGAUCUGAUCGAGUUCGCGCCAACAGCCACCAAGGCCAAUGACGCCAGCAUGGUCGAGGCGCUCAAGGCAUGCUCAUCGUACUCGAAGAAAUACCCUCAAGAACUCCCAAAGGAUCGCAAGUUCUCGCAAGCACUCAUCAACUAUGGUCUUCACGGCCAACCGCCGAAAGCGGCCAAGUAUGCUGUGAAUGUCUUGACUGCUAAGAACGACAACACUAGCACCGCUGCAGCGACGGAUCUGGUCAACAAGGCGCUGAAGUCUUUGGAGUAUGGCUCACCGAACUUCCUCACCAAGCUUGUAGCAAUCAGCCAGGUCGAGCUUCUCGCGCCCGAUGCGACUGCCGAGACGCGAGACAGCAUUACCGAUAUUGCUGUGGGAGAUAUCUUGAUGAAGAAUCGUACGGAGAGCAAAGCCGAUGGUCCGGAAUGGGUAGCCGAGGAGGACCUCGACGAAGAAUGCCUCGCGAAGUGCGCCGCGCUCAAGCUGAUGGUCAACCGCCUUCGAGGCAUUGACCAAGUGGACGAAGCCAAGAAGCAAGCACCGGCCGUGUUCAAGCUACUUAAGACUUUGAUAAAGCAGUCAGGCAAUCUAGUCAAGACUUCCGAGUCACCAGCCCACCACAGGUCCCGUCUCAGGCUGAGGGCUGGUCAGUCCAUACUCAAGCUGUGCACACAGAAGCAUUUCGAGGAGAUGUUCACACCGGCAGAUUUCAACCGUCUGGCCUUCAUGGUCCAGGACUCGUGCGCCAUGGUCCGCCGGCUGUUCAUCGAGAAGCUGCAGAAGUACUUGGUACAGGGCAAGUUACGUCCCAGAUUCUACACGAUGAUCUUCUUGGCUGCCUUUGAGCCCCAAGCCGACUUCAAGGCUCAAGUCGAGACCUGGAUCCGAUCUCGUGCCCGCCACUUCCGCGAAACCAAACAAAGUGUCAUGGAAGGGUCCAUGGGACGUUUCAUAUCUCUUCUGGCACACCAUCCAGACUACAGCCCUGAGACGGCGGAGCUUGUCGACCAUGCUCAGUAUCUCUUGUUCUACAUCCGGAACGUCGUCACAGAGUCCAACUUUAAUACUGUGUUCAAAUAUGCCGAGCGCGUCAAGCAGACCAUGGACGGCAUUGAUCCGUCCAAGAGCGAGAAUCUGUAUGUCAUCAGCGACCUGGCCACCACGCUGUUGCGGAAAUGGCAGGAGAGGAAGGGCUGGAGCUUCCAGGCAUUCGUUGGUAGGAUCGGCUUGCCAGUUGGCCUUUACACCGCCCUCCCGAGUCACGAGAAGGCGCAAGAGAUUGCCGAGAAGAAUUAUCUGCCUGAAGACGCCGAGGAUGCGCUGGAUGAGCUGUUGAGGGUCGCUGACAAGAAAAAGAAGCGGAAGAGUAUGGACGAGCACCGGGAAGGGCACCCGGCGCAGAAGAAGGCAAGGUCGGCGCCAAAGAGCCGGGAACCGAGGCCGCCGAAGACCAAAAAGGUCGCAAAGGCCAAAGCGGCCCGCAAGUCCUCCAAGAAGACCCGCGAUUCCGGCUCGUCUGCGGUGGAUGAUGCGAACCGGCGCCGCAGUGGACGUGCUCGGAAUGCAAACAGUUCUUACAUGGAACGGGACUCGGACGCCGAUGACGAUGACAUGUUGGAGGGAGUUGCCAAGUGGGACUACUACGACGAAGAUGGCAAUGUCGUGCAGCGUGAUGAUGACGAGGACGACGAUGACGAGGACGACGAGGACGAGUCUGGCUCUGAAGCUGAAGAGGACGAGUCAGACCAGGAGAAUGGUGGCGACGACAAGGCAGCCGACGACAAGGAUGAGGGAGAAGAGGCCGAGCCGGAGGAGGACGCUGAAGAUGCGGAAGAAGAACCCGAGCCGGAGCCGGAACCGGAGCCAGCAAAGAGCAACGGACGAAAAGGGCGUGCCGGAGCAGCGGCAGCGGCAGCUCCCAAGGCUUUGCCGUCCAGACCAGCGGCCAAGGGCGCCAAGGCGAAACAAGCCGCGGCGGCGCCAGCUCGGGCGCCCAGUGGACGCAGUACCAGAGGCAGAAGAGCGGCUGCUCAGGAGGAUGAGGAAGGGGAUGAUGAGUGAUUGUUGGUGUUUGCGGGCGAGAUAGGGGGAGAGAGUGUGUGUGUGAGAGAGAUGUCACGAAUGUUGAAACCUUUUUAGCUGGGCUGUGUGAAAAUACAAAGCAUUUCUGACCUG